AUGUCGCAUCCCAAAUUGCCCUCUCUUUCUCAAAUCGUCGGUAACUCUGAUGUAUCUGACGAGCGCAACGCCCUCACCUCCGCGUUAUCCACCCUCUUCGAACCUUCACCCAUUCUCCUCACGAAACUCGUCCCUGAACUCCAUCCAAAGCUGCACCAACCAUCCGAAAGACCUACACCUCUGACAUAUAACUCGCUCAUUGACUUCGCUCGGGAUACGAUCUCAUUAUGGUCGAUCGAAGACCAGGCAUCUUUCGUCGGUGCUCAUCCCCGGAUCGGUGAAGUGAGCAAUCUUUCGGCUUUGAGCGCAAGUGAACAGGCUGCGCGAGCGACACCGCCUGAGGUUUUGGAGAGGUUGAAGGUAUUGAAUGAGGCGUAUGAGAGGAAGUUUGAAGGCCUGAGAUACAUCACGUUCGUGAAUGGAAGGAGCCGGAAGGAGGUUAUGCAGGAGAUGCAGGAAGUUCUCGGCGUCGGGAACAAGACUUUCGGGCUGGAGGAUAUUGGAAAGGUGAAGCAGGGAGAUGAGGAGUAUCUGACUGAGUGUCGAAGAGCGGUGGAGGAUGUGGCGAAGAUUGCGAAGAGUCGACUGAGUGCGUUAGGUGUGGAUGGGGAUGUGGCGUUCUUGGAAGCAUAGGAGACGUGAAAGGGCGUAUGUUAAUGUUGC